UGGACCUGGACCUGGACCUGGAGAGACCAUAUAGAAAUCUGAAAUCUCCCUUUAUAAAAGAAUCGCAUACAGAUAACCGAAGCGGCGUGAAGAUAAGCCAUCGAUCGGCACACACAGCAGACUGCAGAGCAGCAAUGGCUUCUUUGAUCCACAAACACUUGUUUCCUCUUUGCAAAUCCAAGUCCAACUUCUAUCCGGACAUCCCUUUCGUCAAUCGCCCUGGACUUUCUUUUUCUCUCGCUCCCAAGAAGCCUUCUUCCUCCUCAUGUAACCCAAUCUUCUGUAAAGCCGUUUCUCUCAAACCACAAGAACCUCAAAUCGAAGGUCUUAACAUCGCAGACGAUGUUACUCAGCUUAUAGGGAAAACUCCAAUGGUGUACUUGAAUGACAUCGCAAAAGGCUCGGUUGCAAAUAUUGCUGCCAAGCUUGAAAUUAUGGAGCCAUGUUGUAGUGUGAAAGACAGGAUAGGAAACAGUAUGAUAGCUGAUGCUGAAGAGAGAGGACUUAUUACACCAGGGAAGAGUAUAUUGGUUGAGCCUACAAGUGGGAACACAGGCAUCGGACUUGCAUUUAUAGCUGCUUCAAAAGGGUAUAAGCUCAUAUUGACAAUGCCAGCAUCAAUGAGUCUUGAGAGAAGAGUUCUUCUAAAAGCGUUUGGAGCUGAUCUUGUUCUAACAGAAUCCUCGAAGGGCAUGAAAGGAGCAGUUCAGAAAGCUGAAGAAAUAGUCAACAGCACACCCCAUGCUUACAUGCUUCAACAAUUUGAUAAUCCUGCGAACCCAAAGGUACAUUAUGAGACAACUGGCCCAGAGAUCUGGGAAGACACGAAAGGAAAAGUGGAUAUAUUUGUUGCAGGAAUUGGAACGGGUGGAACUAUUUCUGGGGUUGGGCGUUUCCUCAAGAAUCAAAAUCCUGAUAUCAAGGUGAUCGGUGUGGAACCUACGGAAAGUAACAUUCUGUCUGGUGGAAAGCCUGGCCCUCACAAAAUUCAAGGGAUUGGGGCAGGUUUUGUACCAGGGAACUUGCAUCAAGAUGUGCUUGACGAAGUGAUUGAGAUUUCAAGUGAUGAAUCUGUUGAGACUGCAAAGCAAUUGGCACUCCAAGAAGGCUUAUUGGUGGGCAUAUCUUCUGGAGCAGCAGCAGCAGCUGCAAUCAAGGUUGGAAAGAGACCGGAGAAUGCAGGAAAGCUUAUUGCGGUUGUGUUCCCUAGCUUUGGUGAGCGGUAUCUAUCCACCAUUCUUUUUCAGUCAAUCCGGGAAGAGUGUGAGGCAAUGCAAGCAAGCUGAGUCAUGGAAGAAGAAGAAGAAGAAGAAGAAGAAGAAGAGUGUUUUUGGUUAUUGAUUUAAUGGUUUAGAUGAUAGAAGGAAGUAGUGAGUCUUCUGAUUCAUCAAUUAUGAUGAUACUUACUUGGCAAUUAUAAUAAGGCAUAGUCCUCAAGACACCAAAUCGUUUUGUUAUUUGUUGUUUUUAUACAUUAUCUUUAUUCUCCAUUAUUAUUAAUUUAUAUUUCUUUUGUU